CGUCAGAAGGCCGCGCAAGUGCACUUGUGUCUCACCGUUACCAUAGCGACUGGGCUUCCGGACUGCAUAUCCUAGCUGCCUUGUCAACAUCUUCGAGCAUCGGCAGCUCCGGAGGCCGGGGUAACUGGCGGCAGGUAGGAAACUAUGUGAAAGAAUCUCCUGAUGUCAUAAUUUCCGGGUGUCACUGGAACAUUUGAUCAUCAUUCCUUUGGCAACUCCAGCCUUCUAUGGAAGGCCAGUAGAAAGCAUUGAUUUAUUCACCUCUACAGGAAUCAGACUCAGCCUCUUUUGGUUUUCAGUGAAUUAUGCCUUUUCGAUUUGGAACCCAGCCAAGGAGGUUUCCAGUGGAAGGAGGAGAUUCUUCAAUUGAGCUGGAACCCGGGCUGAGCUCCAGUGCUGCCUGUAAUGGGAAGGAGAUGUCACCAACCAGGCAACUCCGGAGGUGCCCUGGAAGUCAUUGCCUGACAAUAACUGAUGUUCCUGUCACUGUUUAUGCAACAAUGAGAAAGCCACUUGCACAAAGCAGCAAGGAAAUGCAUCCUAAAUAGCACCAUUAAGUCUUUUGUCAAGGUCUGACUAGGUCAAGGGUAAUGGACCAGUAUCAUCUGGUGAUCUGGUAAACAAAUAAAAGUGGUGGCACCUUUAGAUGAUGACAA